CACCAUUCUCAUUGAUUCCAGCUUCUUGUUCAGCACUAAACACUUGAAAUACAAGCUUGAGGCGAAUUUACUUUGCUCAUUGAGGCGAUUAGCCGCCAAUUUUGCAUCCAUUAUUAUCUGUUCUAGUGAUAUCGACAUGAUUUUUGGUUGUUUUCUGUGAGAUUUUCUGAUUUUCUGCUCCAAAAAAACACAAAAUAUUUUUCUUUUUGACGUUUCUCACUCCCCUUUGGCGAUGGUAGCGCCACAGUUUUCAAAAAUUCUCCGUCGUUUUCCGUUGUCUUCCGCUUCAGGCUUCUGUUUCUCUGUGUUCCCCCCGUGAAAAACGUCCAGGAAACGUUCCAGUUAUCAUCCAAAUUGUUUUCCGUGAAUUGCGUUCAACGCCCGCGUCUUUGGUAUUUGAGGUUAGGAAUCAUGUCUGCGGAUCCGGAUAAUUUGGAGGCGCUCUCAAAUGACGAGCUACGGCAUCAAAUGUCAAUUCUGGGGCUACCCAAGGUUCCCAUAACGGACACCACGCGAAAAGUUCUCAUAAAACGCAUCAGGAAUCACCUCAAGGAGGCCAAGACAAAAACACGCCGGGAAACGGUUGCUGUGGUGAAAUACUCCUCAGAUGAGGAUGUUGCAUCAGAACCGGAAGUGGCAAAGGGGAAGACCAAUAGGAGAGCCACAUUGGCAGCUCCUGUUGCGGCGCCGAAAGUCCCGGAGAAGGUUUCGGCUCAAGUGAAGCCACAGCGUCGUUCCGGACGCAUAACACCUACUCAGGUGUCCUUGGUUGAUGUACCACCACCAGCGAAGAUUGCCAUGUCACCCGUUGUGUCGCACAUCAUUGAGGACAGUGAUGAGGAGGCGGAUGAGAUUCUAACGCAAUUCCCCCCGGCAAGACGAUCAAAAUCCAAAUCUCCGUCACUUUCACGCAGUGACGUCGUUACAACGUCCUACAAGCAGGUCAUUGAGUCCGUAAAGGAGUCUCCGGAGGAGGAGGAGGAAGCCAUGGAUGUGGAUGUGCCACCGAGACCCCCAUCGCGCCCAUCACAGGCCUACUAUCGCCCAUCGCCGUCAUACAAAUUGUUGGACUCUGGCCUUGAGAAUCGUCGCACAAUUGGCGGCUUUUCCGGCACACGCUAUUCCAGCUACACUCCAUCCUACGAGAGUCGCUACUCCACACUCUCCACGCAGUACUCGCAGAAGCGUGACGCACAGGAGGAGCAGGAUGAGCAGCUGGAGACGCCCUACUUGAGUGACUUCACGCGACGCCUUUCCCAGCUCAAGGCUCAUCGUCUCGACGCCGCAGCCCCAGUCUAUCGUGCGGAUUCCUCCACCACGAAGCCCACCAACUCAAUUUCAGCCUCAAUUGCGGCUCUCUUCAAUGCUCUCGAUCGCAAAUACAACCUCAAACGGAAUCUCCUCAUCCUCUCAGCGGUCCUCCUGGUUAUUCUUCUCUUUGUUCUGUUCCUCUACUAAUCAACAAACCGCCACAGCCCCCUCCAAAUGGGCACCACCCCCACCCCUCAAUUAAUCCCUGUACAACAUUUCAAAAUUUUAAAUAAAAUUGACAUUUUUCUUUCUAUUGCA